AUGGCAACAAACAAUGGCCGCUGAGUACAGGAGUGGUGUGAUAUUUAUUUUGUAGAGAAGUUUACUUAAAACGUAGAAAAGUUAUUGGCAUUUGCUCCAGCAAAUGUUUGACAGCUUAUAUUAGCAACUAAAAUUUGACACUAGGAGGGAAAAAAGAACGAGCAUCGACGUUAACUCAGUUAAAAGUUUAGCUAGGGUGUAUUCGCUAAUUUGUUGAUUUUUAGCAUGUGUCAGUCACGCAGGCUGCGUUAGCUCUUCACAAUGUCCCGGGAGCAGACUCCUCUGCCAGACGGGGGAAACCGACUCCUCAGCGGCAGGUCCAGGACGAGAUCUUACGGAAGUUUGUUCCAGUCUGAUUUGUCCUCAUACAGACUGAUUGAACAUAAAAUUCAGCAUGGGGAAACACUACAAGGGCUGGCCCUGAGAUAUGGAGUGUCUAUGGAACUAAUCAAGCGAGCAAACAGACUGUACACCAAUGACUCUAUAUUCCUGAAGAAGUAUUUGUUUAUCCCUGUUCUGUCAGAUGUGGAUUUCUGCAGUGACAGGGAGACUUUGGGUGAAGAUGUCCCAAAAGUGGAUGUGUCAUCUCAAAAUGAGAACAAGUCAGAGGACAGGUUUGAUGAUAGCAAAGAAAGGGUGUCUGAUCUUUCUCCAGAUGCCUUCUUGAAAAGGUUGGAUGGCUUGAUAAGCCAGUCCAAACAGGUUGCAGUCAGAGGAUACAAAGAAGCAGAGGAAAGAGUUGCAGCCCUGGAAGCAGCAUGUACCACCAGCACAUCAGACUGCUGGCGGCUUACAAAGUCCCAGAGUGCCAUAUCAUCUUCAAUCCUGCAGCAGCAGCAAAAAGUACCACUCAGUACCACCAAACUCACCCACAGACUGAGAGACAGGGAGGAUGAGAUCUUUGAGCUGUGACAUUCUGUUUCUGAUAUCUCCCUCUGACCGUGAAAGAAACUUUCAUUGAAAGCCACAUCCCAGGCUGUACCUU